GAAUCGGAUCUUGUUGGUCAGACAGCAGUCCAAUGACUGUAAGCAGCGGCCAGUCAGAGAAAUACCACUAGAGGAGGUUGACGGAAAGGCAGAGAUUGAAUGUCUAGGAAAAUAUUUGGUAAACUCCAUUUGUGAUUUCAAUGGAUGCUGGACAAGAAGCAAGGUUGUAACAUAAUUUGGAGUGAGCGGUUGGAUCAGAUCAACGGCACGUGCGGUGGUCCAACCACUUAAACACUUCGCUCCCCCUGAAGAUGGAGCAGCAGCAUGCCCACUGUGUGACCUGUGUGAGCCAGAGGUGCAUGACCAGACCUGAGCGAGGUAUUUCCUGUGACCUUGUAACCUGCUCCCUGGUCUGCGGGGCUUCCUUCCACGCAUGCAAGGGGAGCGAGCACCGCCUCCUCUGCCCCCUGGAGAGGGUGCCCUGCCUCAACAGCGGCUUCGGAUGCCCCGCCACAUUGAUACGCCACCGGAUGCCGGCGCACUUGGAAGUGUGUCCUGCCGGUGUGGUAUGCUGCACCAUGGAGUGGAACAGGUGGCCCGUGAGCUGCCUGGAUUACACCUCCUAUGAGAGCCUGAGUCGAGGCGUGGAGGAAGUGGAGCAGCUGGACAUGGCGCUUGCUCUGCAGGACCAGCGCACCCUGCUUGAGUCCCUUAAGGUGGUUGCCAUGGCGCCCACCAUUGAGAGAAAUCCGCCGGUCGCAGAGAGCAAGAGGGACAGUUUAUCAGACUCAGUCGAACCUGUGGCUACCUCAGUGGCUUGUCCCCCCAUGGCAUCAACUACUGAACCUUGCUCCUCCCUGGCCUUGCCAUCAGUGUUGCCGCCAACCUCGGCAAAAGAUAAAAUUGCUAACGGGAUUAACGGUUUGAACGAGGAGCAGUACAGCAAACUGUACGAGGCCACAGUGGAGACGGCAAGAAGUCUGGCAGCAGCGUUGGAUGUCCUUAGCAGUGCUAGCACCUCGGACAACAACAAAUUGGAAUGUGCCAACAAAGCAGCAGUGGUCCAGCACAGUGAGGGCAGCAACGGGGCUGUGGAACUUUCCAACGGCCUGGAGUCUAAAGCCCCCGUAACUGAGGGAGUGGGUGUGAAGGAGUGCUACGGUCAGCUCCACCAGGCCACGGUGCAGCUGAGGAGAAGUCUGGUCUCAGCGCUGGGCGUGCUGGGCAACACGGUGAAAGACACAGACCCAAUUAACAGAGCCCUGUCUGACUUGAGGGUGGAGCCGAGCUGCAGCUCCCACCAAUCAACGUCCGUGGACCCCACUGAUGUGUAUGUGAAAGAUGGCAUGGCAGGGCUAAUCCCAGCAGUCAGUGGAGCCGUCAGCCACGCUGCUGUUGUGGAGGCCACCGAUCGACUGCCAGAGCUUUCAGGUCAGGCCAUGGAGCUUUCUGCUGAGGUCAGGGACAAGCAGAGUCUAUGCAAUGGUUGUUUGGAUGGGAACCGGACCGAGAACAGGGCAGAGUGCCACGCCUCAGACGCAGCAGAUAAUCCACAGGAAGGACCUAGUGGGUCCUCUUUAGAGCCAAUCUGUUCAGCUGUGGUGCAAGAUGGAGGCAACUCUGUUCUUGCGCCUCCACUGCUCUCUGCUCCUCGUCAAGAGCCACAGCCUCACUCAGUCCUGCCUCUAGCACCUCCCCUGCAGGUGCAGCAGGAGAUUGCACAGAGGGCGGGGCAUCUGGUCUUGGAGGACAGGGGGGCUGAACGCAAGUUCCAGAACCACCAGUUGCUCCGAGGCCUAGGCCAGUAUACCCUGUGUAAUGGGCGGAGAAGUCUGUUCUCUGACCGGUCGCUGUAUAGGUAUAGACCCAAAAUGGAGGACAAGGCAGUGGAUACGUCCGACCUGGAGCAGGAAGAGGACCCGAUGGGCCUUGGGGAGAUUGACCUGAUCACCGCGGCCCUCCUGUUCUGUCUGGAAGAGUCCCGAGAGUGCCGCCGGAUCUCCGACACGGUCUACGUAGACGGCUUCCACGUCGACUUCGGCACGCAAACCUUCACCUUCCCCGCUGCCAUCCUGGUGACCAGUACGAGGGUAGGCGAUGUAGCAUCGGCGUCCGCCUGCGACCACGCCGCCCCCCAGCUCUCCUACCCCAGCCCCUUCCGUACACUCCGCCUUGACCUAGUCCUGGAGGAGGUCCCUCAGAUCCGGAACAUUCCCUCCAACCGCUUCCAGCACAUGUUCUCCUUUGUGUGCGGCCAGCUGUUCCGCAGGGACGAAUACUCGUCCCACUUCAAGAACGUCCACGAGGACAUCCAUGCAGGCCUCAACGGGUGGAUGGAGCACCGGUGCCCGCUAGCGUACUACGGCUGCACCUACUCCCAGCGCAGGCUGUGCCCUUCCGUGCAAGGGUCAAAGGUCAUCCACGACCGGAACCUCAGGUCGUUCGGCGUGCAGCCUGGCCCAGACGACGAACAUGUGAACGUGUCUCAGGUGGACCAGUUCAGCGGGCUCCCCUUCGAGAUCCUGCGGCAUGUGGCUGGUUUCCUGGACGGCUUCAGCCUGUGCCAGCUGUCCGUGGUGUCGCGGACCAUGAGGGACGUUUGUUCCAGCCUGCUCCAGUCCAGAGGCAUCGUGGAGCUCCGCUGGGAGAGGAAGCACUACCCAAACGCCAAUGGCUCCUUCUCAUGGCAGAUAAAGGACAAGGUGUGGAGAUUCAGCACGGCCUUCAGCCUGGUCAGCGAAUGGCGCUUCGCCAAGGUCCCUAGCAUGUCCGACCACCUUGGAAAGUGUCGCUACAACACAGUGGAACGCAAGACCGAGGCCUUCCCGCUGCCUUCUAUGUGCACCGCACGUCCCUGUCCUGUGCACGGCCGUGGCCUCCUCGAAAUCCUGAAACUGCACCAGGAGCAACACCAGACCUAACCAAUACCUAACCUCUCUUAAAUGCACCACAGUCACUGUGUCAUUGAAUACCAUCGUUUUGUUGUUGUUGUUGUUGUUAGCUUUAUUUUUGAUAUCGUAAAGGACCGUUCUGUGUCGUAUGGAUGUGGGUGGAGAAGAGCCUUAAUGUAAGAAAUAACACUUGACAUGUUUGGUAUGGUUAUAGCGGGUAGCACAUUCACCUGCAGUUUAACCAUAGGAGGAGCAAAAUAAGUACACUAUAACAUUUAUUUGCAUGGUGUGGUGUGAAAAUUGUCCCCCUAUAUUUUCGUAACGUGAUUUUAUAGGAGAAAGAAACAUGUACAUAGCAGUUUUAUAUUCCAAUUCACUGCGAGAGACUUGUCAAAUCUGAAAUCAUCGGAUGUCUUGGUUGCGUCCUGCCUUUUGGUCAUAGUCGCGGAAUAAGCAAGUUGUUUACCAUAUUGCAUCAUUUUUGCAUAACAGAAGUUAUGAUCGCACUUUAAUCAGAUUUGCUAAUCCCAGGUCAAUCUUAUACCCAUGUUCAGUUAACCAAACUUCCUCCGUGUAAUGCCUUUAUUGGGGUCAUGAAAUGCAACGGUUGUCGGUGGGUUCUUGGUGGAUUGAACAAGUGUAAACGAACCAAGUCCAAAAUAAAAACUAGCAUGAAAAUAUCCCAACAAUGCAUGUAGUUUUACUGUUUAAUUAAAAGUCUUUACCACA